UUGGACAAUGUAUAUUUCUUCAACUACUCCUCCACUAUCUAGUACCAACUACUAAAAAUAGCAAGUAACUCCCGACAGUGUACGGCUUCUCUGAACGCCUGAAGAGGGGUCACCACAACCGGCCGAUCUGUCACACUCAUCGCUGACCUUGAAAGAAGAAGACGCAAGGAGUUCACGCGCCAACAAAUAAUAUCUGAAAUUGAACAAGUCUUAAUUGGCGGUCUCUGCGGUCCUGCCUUUUUCAAAAGCAGUUGGGUUACAACGGAAUAAGUAACGGCUUUUGGUUUCAAAUCAGAUCAAAGGACACAGGAUAAAUAUUCUCUUGUAAGAUCGACGCGAUUCCUUUGUUCCUUUCGUAGGCCAUGUUUUGAUUGAUUUCCACGCACUCGCCUAAGCUUUCUCUACAAUCCUUUCACUCUGGUUGAGCUUGAAUGAGACGACGAAGCUAGGGUUUGUGAAUAUAUAUAUAUAGAUAGGAGUGAAGGAGUAGGAGGAGGGCCUGAGAUGGAGAACUACUUGAACGAGAACUUUGGGGAUGUGAAGCCCAAGAACUCGUCGGAGGAGGCGCUUCAGAGAUGGAGGAAUCUCUGCUGGCUGGUGAAGAACCGUAAACGGAGGUUCCGAUUCACUGCCAAUCUCUCCAAGCGCUUCGAGGCUGAGGCUAUCCGACGCUCCAAUCAGGAGAAGUUUAGAGUUGCAGUUUUGGUUUCACAAGCUGCACUUCAAUUUAUCAAUGGUCUAAAUUUGUCCAGUGAAUACACGGAACCAGUGGAAGUCAAAGCUGCAGGUUUUGAAAUUUGUGCAGAUGAGUUAGCAUCCAUUGUUGAAGGCCAUGAUGGGAAAAAACUAAAAGUACAUGGUGGGGUUGAGGGUAUUGCAAACAAGCUUGCAACAUCGAUCCAUGACGGCAUUCUGACUUCUGAGCAAUUGCUGAAUCGAAGAAAAGAUAUUUAUGGAAUUAAUAAAUUUGCUGAAAGCCCAGUGCGAGGUUUUUGGCUCUUUGUGUGGGAAGCCCUUCAAGAUAUGACCCUUAUGAUUCUUGCUGUUUGCUCUCUUGUCUCUCUUCUUGUUGGCAUUACUAUGGAAGGAUGGCCGAAGGGUGCCCAUGAUGGCCUGGGAAUUGUUGCUAGCAUUUUGCUUGUUGUACUUGUCACUGCCACAAGUGAUUAUAAACAAUCUCUGCAGUUUAGGGAUUUGGACAGGGAGAAGAAAAAAAUUACAGUUCAGGUUACCAGAAAUGGGUUUAGACAAAAAUUAUCAAUAUAUGAGCUACUUCCUGGUGAUAUUGUUCAUCUCGCUAUUGGAGAUCAGGUUCCAGCAGAUGGGCUUUUUGUUUCAGGGUUUUCAGUGUUGAUAAACGAAUCCAGUUUAACAGGAGAGAGUGAACCAGUUAAUGUUAAUUCUUGUAACCCUUUUCUCCUAUCAGGAACUAAAGUUCAGGAUGGAUCAUGCAAGAUGCUUGUAACGACUGUUGGAAUGAAAACGCAGUGGGGUAAACUGAUGGCUACUCUGAGUGAAGGAGGAGAUGAUGAGACCCCAUUGCAGGUCAAACUUAAUGGUGUGGCAACCAUUAUUGGAAAAAUAGGCCUGUUUUUUGCCAUGAUUACUUUUGCUGUUUUGGUGCAAGGACUGUUCAGCCAUAAGCUGCGAGAAGGGUCCCAAUGGAUCUGGUCCGGAGAUGAGGCAAUGGAAAUAUUGGAAUUCUUUGCUGUGGCUGUUACAAUAGUCGUUGUUGCCGUUCCUGAAGGGCUGCCUUUGGCUGUGACACUGAGCCUUGCUUUUGCCAUGAAGAAAAUGAUGAAUGAUAAGGCACUUGUCCGUAAUUUGGCUGCUUGUGAGACAAUGGGAUCUAGCACAACUAUCUGUAGUGACAAGACUGGGACUCUAACUACUAACCAUAUGACUGUUGUGAAAGCUUGUAUUUGUGGGAAAAUCAAGGAAAUAGGUAGCUCUAAGGAGACUUCUAACUUUUACUCUGAGAUACCUGGUUCUGCUUUGAGUAUCCUACUUCAAUCAAUAUUUAUCAACACUGGAGGAGAAAUUGUUAAAAACGAAGACGGAAAAAUCGAGAUACUUGGAACACCCACUGAGACUGCUCUUUUGGAAUUUGGGCUGUCGCUUGGUGGGGAUUUUCAAUCAGAACGACAAGAAUUAAACAUUGUGAAAGUUGAGCCCUUCAAUUCUGUUAAGAAGAAAAUGGGGGUGGUUCUAGAGCUUCCAAAUGGUGGUUUCCGGGUGCACUGUAAAGGGGCUUCUGAAAUAGUUUUGGCUUCGUGUGACAAAUUCAUAGACUUGAAUGGUGAAGUUGUUUCCCUCAAUGAGGCAUCCAUUAAUCAUUUGAAGGAUACAAUUGAAAGAUUCGCUUGUGAAGCUCUUCGAACUCUAUGCCUCGCUUAUAUGGAAAUUGAAAAUGAAUAUUCUGCUGCAAGUCCAUUACCAUCUAAAGGGUACACAUGUUUAGGAAUUGUUGGUAUUAAAGAUCCAGUUCGCCCAGGUGUCAGGGAGUCAGUUGCAAUUUGUAGGUCCGCUGGUAUAACUGUUCGGAUGGUUACUGGAGACAACAUAAGCACUGCAAAAGCAAUUGCUCGAGAAUGUGGAAUUUUGACUAGUAAGGGUAUAGCAAUUGAAGGCCCAGAAUUCCGUGAGAAAAGUGAGGAGGAAUUGCGUGAAAUUAUUCCAAAACUUCAGGUAAUGGCUCGAUCUUCACCACUGGAUAAGCACACCCUUGUAAAACACUUACGAACCACUUUUGAAGAAGUUGUUGCAGUAACUGGUGAUGGUACGAAUGAUGCUCCAGCACUUCAUGAAGCAGAUAUUGGACUAGCAAUGGGCAUCGCUGGAACUGAGGUGGCAAAAGAGAGUGCUGAUGUCAUAAUAUUGGAUGAUAACUUCUCCACAAUCGUUACUGUGGCUAAAUGGGGACGUUCUGUUUACAUAAAUAUUCAAAAAUUUGUUCAGUUUCAGCUAACAGUAAAUGUGGUUGCUCUAAUCGUCAACUUUUCUUCCGCCUGUUUGACAGGAAAUGCUCCCCUUACUGCUGUUCAGCUUCUAUGGGUCAACAUGAUCAUGGACACUCUAGGAGCACUUGCAUUAGCCACAGAACCUCCAAAUGAUGACUUGAUGAAAAGAUCCCCAGUUGGUAGGAAAGGAAACUUCAUCAGUAAUGUGAUGUGGAGGAAUAUCUUGGGGCAGUCUUUGUAUCAGUUUGUCAUAAUUUGGUUUCUCCAGACAAGAGGAAAAGCAGCUUUUCAUCUAGAUGGCCCAGAUUCUGAUUUGAUAUUGAACACAAUCAUUUUCAACUCGUUUGUCUGUUGUCAGGUUUUUAAUGAGAUCAGCUCUAGAGAGAUGGAAAAAGUAAACGUAUUCAAAGGUAUAAUGGAGAACUAUGUGUUCGUGACUGUGCUUACUUGCACUGCCCUCUUUCAAAUCAUCAUCAUCGAGUUUCUGGGUUCAUUUGCGAACACUACUCCUCUCAGCUUGCGGCAGUGGUUCGUUUGUGUUUUCCUUGGAUUCCUUGGUAUGCCAAUAGCAGCAGUUUUAAAGAUGAUCCCUGUAUCAUGAAACUGAGAUCAAGGGCAAACUAAAUAGGUACUUUCUGACUGGGUUUUCCAAACUCUUACCUGUGAGUGGCGGUUUAAUUUUUGGUCAUUACCUCAUUAUAAAGAGUGGAAUAAUCUGAACUGGAGUAAUCCUAUUUUUCACACCCAUUUAUCACGUCUUUUGUUAAACCGGCUGAUACAACGUAUUUUAAGUAGCUUAUAAAGCCAUUUAAAACAUGCCGUAUCUGUCAAUGUGAUAAAUGGGUGUAAAGAGUAGUAUUAUUCUUUGAAUUGAUAUGAGCUUUCAUACUGUGAAGUUUGAAAGGCUAGCAAAACUCACAAAACUUACAACUCAAGAUGGCUAUUAGUCAAAUAUUUUGUAGGGACACAUGUUAGAUUUGUUGUAGACUUCUACCUUGAGAAUUUGGUGUAUGAAUUGUACAAUUUGUUUGAGCAUGUAGUUGUAUUGUAAUUUGAUCACUUACUUUCCUUAUGAUUUAUCUUAAAGCUGAUAUCAAUUA